AUGAAGGUUGAGUUUGUGUCCAAACAAAUCGUAAAGCCAUCUUCUCCAACACCACAAAGCCUCAGAACUUUUAAGCUGUCUUUCAUUGACCAGCUUGCUCCUGUAAUGCACACUCGAAUUCUAUUUUCUUAUCCCAAUGUUGAAAACGAUAGUGUUGCUAAUCACGACAGGUUUGACAGCCUAAAGAAGUCAUUGUCUAAGACUCUAACCCACUUCUACCCACUGGCAGGUAGAGUCAAAGACAACAAAGUGAUUGAGUGUAACGAUGAAGGUGUCGAGUUUUGUGAGACUUGUGUCCAUAGCUUCCUCUCCGACAUCCUUAAACAACCUGAUGCUGACGUUGUACACCAGUUUGUGCCAGUCGAUGAUGCCCAUUUAGGAAGUGGGUUUCUAAUGAAAGUUCAAGUGAAUCUGUUUGAUUGUCGAGGUUUGGCUAUUGGUGUGUCUUUUUCUCACAAGAUUGCUGAUGCUUCAACGAUUGGUUCGUUCAUCAGGGCAUGGUCUUUUGCGGCUGUUGGGUGCAUCACUGAGUCGAUGCUUCCUAAGUAUGUUCUAGGAACUCUUUACCACCCUUCCAUGGAUUUUCCGACUGUUCUUCCUCCUGUUGAGUUCAGGCACUUCGAUUACACUACUAGAAGGUACGUGUUUGAUUCCUCAAAGAUAACAAAACUGAAGGCUGAAGCUGCAAGCAAAACGGUGGAGAAUCCAACACGAGUGGAGGCAGUAUUGGCACUAAUUUGGAAGUGUGCCACAACAGCAUCUAGAACAAACCUAGGAAUAACCAAAAGACCCUCUAUGGUAUCCCAAAUAGUAGACAUUCGAAAAAGGACAAGCCCACCGUUACCUAACACCUGUGUAGGAAACUUCGUAGGUCACUUCAUAGCAAAACCAGAAAAUUCUUCUAGUGACAGUGAAAUGAACUUACAAGGGCUAGUAAUUCAUCUGAGGAAAGGUCUCGAACAUUUCUCAAAGGUUCAUGUCCAAAAACUUCAAGAAGGAAAUGCUUUCAUGACGGUGUAUGAGGGAUUGAAGGACAUGGAACUGUUGUACAAAGAGGGUAUUGAUUUCUAUGGUUGUACAAGUUGGUGCCGUUUCGAGUUUUAUGAAGCAGAUUUUGGGUGGGGAAAACCCAAAUGGAAAGCUUCUCUUUUCUCACCCUCUAAAGGCGCGGUUGACAGCAAUUUCCAACUUUCUCGCUUUGUCUUGGAGGUUCAGCCGCAGGGAAGCUCUAAUCUUGCAGCCCCAGAGCUGUCUGCUUGCACGACGAUGACGUCAACGUUCCACCGUACUCGAUGUUUCCCUCUUCUUUCACCCAAGCGUCAAAGCUUCCUAGAUUGUUGUGUCUCUAUCCUUCUCGGUGUCACUGCCUCCCUAUCUCUCGAUGGCGACAACUCCAUUCAUGUUCUCUCUCUCUCUCUCACCUUCGUAAAUAUCUUGUGGCUUGGGCUCGCUGGCUAUAUGGUUAAGGAGAGAAUGGAUGAUUGGGUCGUAUCUGAGGAAAAGAAAGAAGAGGUUGAACCGGAUUUCUUCCCCUCGGUCAAUAUUGUGAAAAUGAAGCAAGAGGCUUCUGAUAGCACUAAAAAUAUCGAACAUGGUUUAUUGGAAUACUCAUACAUGGAUGAUGGAGUUCUAGAAUAUGAACCUGAGGAGGACCCUAAAGAGGUUCCUCAAGAAGACCCGAAGGAGUUAAUGGAUUCUGGACCUGAGUCGGAAACUUUAUUCCCUAUUGAACCCCUCCGUGCCGAACCUCACUUGGUCUUUAAUGAUGGAGUUCUAUGA